CCUGCCGCAUCUUAAUUGAGUGUUAAAUCGCCAGUGACGCACUCGCCGGAGUAGCGUGUCCUGGCAUUUAGGCGAGAUGAAAGCGCCACCCGCUUUUCCGAGCGCUCCAAGAGCAGCCCUUGAGGAGGGAGUGGGCUGCCAUUCACACAUUAGCUGCUAAUAGGAGGCUUACGCUAGCGCAUUCGAGUAUCUCUUCAAACUAUUAUUGUCAACAAGGAAGUCGCCGGUUCCCUUAGUGUUUAUUGGCAAACGGGGGUUGCCCAAGGCCAGUUACAAGCGGAAUCUCCUCUUCCGGCCUGCGCAAUGUGCUCCAGUUCGCGGUGGAGCAGCCAGGAGAGAUUAACAGAUCGAUCGUGCGGCCGAAGCCAACCAGCCAUGACAAAUGUGAUCCCUACUGUUUGCCUUUCUCGGUAAAUAUGUACCAUCGUUUGCCAGCCAAAUAUUUGCACACCUUGCCAGUCCGGCUCCCUUGUUUCUCCUCCAAUUGUUUGACUUUUCGGUUAGGAUAUCAAGAAUUUUGCACGGCCGGCAAUGUUUGUUUUCGAUUUGGUUGAUCGGUUGCCAAUAAACCGAGCACCUUCAUCAUAAAACCCGCGGGAACGUGCUCCACUUAGACAUGUUUUUUGCAGAGCCCGUUGAACCGAUUUAAUAGAUGACCAAACCGAUUUAUCAAUACAUGGGUCUAAUCAUUCUGGACUUAUAUUGGGACUGAAAGCAACCGAUUUGGCUGGUGGUCUCACACUUCCCGAAAAACAUCAACAAAUCGGAAGAUCCACUGAUCCCCUAGGUGGCAGACAUAAAAUUUCCAUAGCCCUUUGUUAAUAGUAACUCGCACCAGGGCAAAAUCGGUAAAAGUGAAUUGAAUUGGCGGACAAUGUGCCACUGUAAAUACUCAAAUAUUGCAGGGUGCAAAUUUAGCUAUUUACGUUCGCACAUUCGGCUAACAAAGAAAUCAAGUCCGAGGAAAUUUUCUAAGCAGCAGAUAGCCACUAGCCACUUGGAGACGGCGACUUGAAGUGCAGAAGUUUGUCGCACUUCUUGCGGAAAUUAGCCGAGGCGUUCGAAAUUUUGCACCGUCUUUCGGGCUUGGAGUCCAGCAAGGGUGUGACAACAGCCAGCAGGCCUCCUCCGGAGCUCUCAAUCAAGAGGCAGAAGUCGCUGCGCUUGGCUCCGGUGCAGCCAAUCGUGCGUACACGUAAUGCGAUCUAAAUUCAACUGGAUGUUUAUGUUUCCUUUAUUGCGGGCAAAUCUCGCACCUUUCUGUUGUUGUUGACGACGGUUUGGGUGUGCAAAAAUAUUUACCCCCAGUUGGAUGGCAUGAAAAACCGCGAAGUUGUGGAAAACAACUGAAUUUUGUUAUUGCGUCCCGCGGCGGCCAGCGAUUUAUAUUUAUAUAAUUGUAUAAAUUUAUACAAUUAGCGGGUUUAUAUUUACAGCCGAAUCUUUUCGAAACAGCCGGCGAUAAUGAAGCGCGAAUUGGUCUGGGUCGCAACUUAGGUCCAUUCCCGAAUCACCCGUCUGGCUAACCACUAUGGGUUACAGACGUCUAGUUGGCAUCUGAUUCAUCACUUCUUCGAAUGCAGCCCCCAAGAGCCGAAGUCAUGCCCCUUUUUUUGGAGUCUGAUUCAAAUUUAAAGCGCAUCCCGCAGUCGCGGGUCGAGUUUGUUUGUUAAUUGCUUUGUAUUACUUCUAGAAAAUCGCAGUGUUUAACACUUCCUGAGUCAGCCGGCCACAUUUUCACGACAAAUUGAUUAGGCGCCGCAUGAGCCACUGCGGUUGGAUAUUUAUAAAGGCUGAUCCGUAUUUUUAGACACCGUCCCAUUUGCGUGUCUAUGCUGAUUUAUGGUAAACUAAUAAAAUCACCCGGUUUCGUUACAACGACACUCGAGGUCUGGAUUUAGACUUAGCGUGUGACCACACAAAAAUUACCACCCGGCGACCACAGCGCCUGGUACACACAUAUUACUCAUACGCUCCGUGCGCCGCAAACCUUUCCAGCCGCGAGCGGAGUGCCAAAAGCGCCUAAUUACUUUCGUUCGAUCGCACGCCGACGUCAGAGCGUCGCCCAGCGACAAAAUCUAGAUUAAUAAGUUUAAUUGAUCCGAAUCAAAACAAAAUAGUCGCAGACAAUGGCAGAAUUCCGGGGGAGCGUAUCUUUCCGCAUUGUAAAAACUUUUCCGAACCAAACUGGAUACCCGCUAAGCGAAACAGUGCACCCGGCAAUUAGAGCCUUUGUCUUCGCCCAAUCCCAUGGAGCCGAGACCGGGUUCAAGUCACAGCCACCGCGCAUGCUCAAAACAAAGCCCCGGCCGUCAACCGAAGAGAGUUUGGACACUUCAGCUUACGCCUAAAAUGUCGCUGCGUUUCCUCCGGACUUGCGUCACAGCCGGAGCAUCGGCUCGGCCCGAAAGCAAAUUUUCACAUUUGGGUGCGAAUGUGGUGGCCGGUGCGUAUAUAAGGCAAGGGUUCUUCACACCAGAGCAUACAGAACUCGCCAGACGUUCAAAGCAAUCAGAGCAGCCAGCAAGAAAUCAAAGGAUAUCCCACAGCAGCCAACCAGGAUUUACCAAAUCACAACCAGUUUAAACCGAACUAAGCUCAGCACAAUGGAUCUUAAGCAAUUGUACUCGUGGAUCUGCCUGCUGAUCAGCAUCAUCAUCUGCAAAGUGUCCGAAGCCAAGCCCACCUACUACGACCUGGAUAGCUACGAGAACUACGAUACGGAUCGCUAUGACAGCUACGGCGGCUCCUCGUACGCCCUGAGCUACGGGAAACCGCUGACGGACAACCGCCUCAAGAAGCUGAGCCCGGGCUACUACUACGUGGACGACGGGUACAUCGCCCCGGUGGCUUCCAGUGCCGGCUACACCCGCCGCGAGGGCGUCUCCGCCUCCGACAGUGGCUCCUUGCCCCACAAUGUCAAGUUCACUCCCAUCGUGCGCGUCCGGCAGACCAAGACCAAGCGCAAGAAGCUCUUCGUGCCCAACUUCUUCGGCUAGAGGGGCUUCCCCUGCUCUCCUCCUGCCGGGACUGAGACUACAGACUGAGGAUGAUAGCAUAGGCUUAGCAUUAGCAUUAGUCGCGUGGCUCCCACACCAAAAAGUACCUUAUACCUAUACGUUUAUCUAUUUUAUACGCGGUCGCAAGUCUGACCACAUUAUAUUUAUAUACGCAAAGCUACUGAAUAAAAAUAUCCAAAAUAUUGAAAA